AUGGCCGCCAGACCUGCCCUCUUCACCCGUGGCCUGUCGGGGCUUUCCCAGAGCACAACCGACCCCAACUCGCCCAGUGUCAGCUCCCCGGCCGACCAGCGUGACGAUGCAAAGCGCAACUUCCUCAAGGCCAUGCGCCCUCUGCCCACACAACAUUACUGGAAUGUCUACUUUGACAAACAAGCAAAGGACCAGCAAAAGUCGGGCAACGAUGAGGAGUACAAGGUGCAGCUGGAACAGCUUGGUUCGCAGAUAGAAUCCGUCCAGGACUUUUGGAAGUACAACAACAACACACCCGUCGAUCAGAUCAAGAUGCGCGAGUCCAUAUACCUCUUCAAGCAGGGCUUCAAGCCCAUCUGGGAGGACCGCCGCAACAUCAACGGCGGCGCCUGGACCUUCCGUGUGCCCAAGAACAUUGGUCCCGAUGUAUGGACUCGCGUUCAGCUUCUUGCAAUUGGCGAGAAGCUGCAGAGCGUACUAGACGACAACGACCAGAUUUGCGGUGUUGGUCUGUCCGUCCGCUUCAACUCCCACCUCAUCUCCAUCUGGCACCGCGACGGCUCCAAGCAGAAAUCCGUCGAUGCUAUCCUGGAAUGCGUACUCGAAGAGCUCCCCGCCGAGCUGCGCCCCAAGGCCGAUAACUACUUCUACAAGCGUCACCAGGACCAUGCCGGCUUCAAGGCACCUCCCGAGCUCCAAGUCGUUAUCGACUCACAAAAGGCGGCCGCUGACAAGGCCAAGGCUGCGGCCGGAGGUGCGCCGGCUUAG